GAGGUUCAGUUUCACCCUGGCAUCUGUAGUUGGACAUUUUGGUCACAAAAGAGGCCACAUCUGCUUCCUGGAGGCCUCUUGGCCAGAAGUAUGCACGGCUGGCUGCUCCUGCUGUGGGCCCAGGGGCUGAGGCAGGCCGCCCUCCUCGCCUCAGGAGUUAUGACAGGAGUACUGAUAACCAAGGGGAACAUUUCUGCAGAGGAAGGUGACUCUGUCAUCUUACAAUGCCUCCUCUCCUCCACCAUGGCUAACGUGACUCAGGUCAAUUGGGAGCAACAAGAGAAAUUUCUGGCCACUUACCAUACUGACUUUGGGUGGCACAUUAACCCAAGCUUCAGAGAGCGGUUGACCCCAGGCCCCAGCUUGGGCCUCACCAUCUUGUCACUGACCAGGAAUGACACAGGGGAGUACUUGUGCAUCUACCAUACCUACCCUGAUGGGAUUUAUAAGGGAACAAUCUUCCUGGAGGUCCUGGAACGCUCAGUGAGUAAGAACAGUACCUGGGUCCUAAUUCCAUUGCUGGGAGCCAUGGCCACAGUACUGGGGGCCAUCUGCAGUGCAGUCAUCAGGGCGGUCACAUUGUCAAGAAAGAAACCUCUCACAAUCACUUCUGUGGAAAGUAGACCAAGAAGCACACCAGCUGAGCUACAGGAGUGGAGCCCCAGCAUUCCCUCUUCCCCCAGAAGCUGUGUUCAAGAGCAAGCCAGCUCAGCUGUCCCCUGUGGACAGGAGAGGGGAGAUGACUACGUUGAGCCACAUGACUACUUUAAUGUCCUGAGUUACAGAAGCCUGGGGAGUUUCAGUUUCUUAGCAGAGACUGAUUAGUGACCAGAGACAUCUUCUGUCUUUGUAUUCCAAGUGGAUGUGUAAUCCUCUGUAGUGCCCAGUGUGUGUGUGUGUGUGUGUUUGUUGAGUGAACGACAUCCUCUUCUCCAUCUCCACAUCCUCCAUUUUUCUUUUCCAUUCUUUUUUGGCAGCCUUCAGGGGAAGAUCCUGUACCUUCAUCAUGAAUAUUCAUUUUGUAAAAAUGAAAAUAGCAAUAACGAGGCGCUGGUGGCUCAUAGCUAUGAACCUAGUUACGUGGGACAUUGAGAUUAAGAAGAUAACAGUUCAAGGACAGCCUUUGCAGAAAUGUCAGGGAGAAUCCAUCUCACUGCAGGGAAGCUGGACGUGGUGAUACCCACCAUCAACUCAGCUAGGACAGGAAGUCUAAAAUAGAUGGAUGGAAGUCUAGGCACACUGGGAAAAGAAGCACGAUCCAAAUUUUAAGAUCACUGGUGCACAACAGGGCUGGAUGCAGGGCCUAUUAGUAGAGCACCUGCCUGCCUGCCAAGCAUAAGGCUCUGAUUUCAAACUACAGUAUGAAAAAAAAUACAAGCAAAGAAGAUCCAUGUUGGUCUGGGUUUAAAUCCACUGUUUGGAGCCACGUUGGUGCUUGAACAAGCACAGUCCUCAUAAUAGCACAGAACAAGGUUUGGUGAUACAGGUGGAUGAUGAGGGUGGCCUAAUUACAGAGCCAUCCAUCUCUCACUUCUUGCUGUCAUGGAUACUGAUGCACUGAAGGUGUUUAAGGCAUGCUACCAGCCUCUGGGAUGGGGGAUACAAGGAUGACAGACAUUGCUUUGUGCCCUUGGGAAUAUACAGGGGAGUAAAAAGAUAACUGCAUAAAAAUAGUAAAGAGGUAAGGAUAGUACAUGAACUCUGGGGAAAAGAUGUCAGCUCAGGAUGAGGUGGUCAGAUGGAAUAAGCAAUGUGACUCCCCUGGUAGCACAAAAGAGCUCAAUGAGUCUGGUCUGGUAUGGAGAUCCCCUCCCCCCACCUGGGGUAACUUUGGAUCUAAAGUUGGUAUUGGUCAGAGUCCCACAAAAAAGGCUCUGGUACCAAGGCAACCAACAAAACAGAUUUUCUUCUUUUGGAAGUCAUUCCAACUAUCUUUCAUAUAUAACGUUCUACAAGUCCGUUGUGAUGUCCUGGUAGAGAGAACCACUGUCCAUCCAGAUGUGCAUUGGGUUUAUCUCCAGGAAAUACCUAUCCAGCCAACGAGCUGAGUGCCAGUGCCGGAGCCCAAGAUCCAUCUUGGGCUAGAAUCUAUCUUCCAUUGAAAGAAAAUCUAGAUUUCAAAAAUUGAGUUUUCCUUGGGGGAAAGUGUAUAUGUGGUGUGUGUGUGUGUGUGUGUGUGUGUGUGUGUGUGUGUGUGUG